AUGGAAGACGUGCCCACAUGGAACUUUUUUACCCCCAACGCCGGACUCGAAACCUUCCAUGCAAAUUAUGCAGUCUCCAACUGCUUCCACCAUCGGCAUUUCACUCAGUUGAUUCUGGUUCAAAGUCUUGGCUUCAAACAACUUUGUCUGGAUAUAGUUCUCCUCCAUAGUUGUCAUGGACAGAGCCAUCUCCAGAUCAAACAUUCCUUCCAUUGGCUUCAAACAACUUUGUCUGGUUAUAGUCCAUUUGACCCUGUUGAAUUCAGCGGCAAAGUUUACGUCCCUGGCCAGGCAAACAAUUGCUACAUAUUUCCUGGAUUUGGUUUUGGUUUGGUCAUGUGUGGUGCAAUUCGUGUUCAUGAUGAUAUGCUUCUGGCAGCAUCGGAAGCUUUGGCUAAGCAAGUUGCAGACGAGCAUUAUGGACGGGGGAUGAUUUAUCCUCCAUUUGCAAAUAUCAGAAAAAUCUCAGCUCAUAUUGCUGCUGGUGUUGCUGCAAAAGCAUAUGAGCUCGGUGUGGCAACACGGCUUCCUCGACCUGCGGAUCCGGUGAAGUUCGCUGAAAGCUGCAUGUACACUCCAAACUACCGAAGUUACCGGUGAUUUCUCAGUUUUGUCCUGCUGCUGGUGUGCCUUCAUCCAAUGGUUUG